AAAAUUCAACAGGGCCGUGCAGUUCUUGGGGACUGGAACUCUGAGAGAGAAGAUCUUGUUACUGAAGACGCCAAAACUGAGAAACAUGAAACAACCGAGCCUUCAGCAGAGGAGAUUAAGGACCUGGAAAUGCUUAACAAAGCUUUGGAGAAAGCAUUACGAGUCCGGUCCAAAUUCCACCAAGUGCCAUGUGAGACCACCAAAGUCUCCGGAACUUCAAAUAAGAAGCCGGCGAGCCAGGCUGCUUCGGAACCACCUGCGUGUCACCCUAAGGACAAGGUCCCCAGGACCCCCCAGAUGCCUCCUGCGAGUAGAAAGCCGGUGGCAUCCAGACAACCCACAGCCUAUAUGUUGAAGGCUCCUUACAAAACUGAUGCGGUGGUGAAAAGGCUACCUGUGAAAAUACCAACCGGACGGAGCUCCAGAACCUCCAAAACAGCUGGGAAGAAGUUGUCGCCAGCGGGGGUUGCCUCUCCAAAGUGCGCAAAGACAGGCAAGGACAGUCCCAAAAAGGUCCAUGUUGCUGCAGAACCCGGCUUGUGCUCGGGCUCACCCAAAGGUCCAUGUCGCACGACGACGCCACCUUGGUUUGCUGAGGGAGGGGAUUCUGCAGGAAGAGGUCCUCAAGUCCCCGAGGUCAAUCCAGAUCUGGACGCUUCAGAUGGGACGUGUCCUUCAGGAACAGACCCACUGAGACAAGGAACAAAGCCUCCAACCUGCACUCUUCAACAAAAUGGGUCUUCGCUAAAACUGCCCCUUCCGUAUCAGAAAGCUUUCUCCAAGUAUUCCAGGUUGUUGGAGAAGUGCAGGGAUUUGAAAACGGUCCCCGAGGCAGCUGUCACCAAGAGACAGUUUUUAGAGAAGCUGCAAGCAACUGCUAUGGAAACGGAACUCCUUCCCCUUCUAGAACACGACCGCUUUCCGGAGAGUUCUAAAGCUUCGGCGAUCCGUGCUGUGUAUUCCUUGUUGUGUGAAAGCGGAGAGCACGUUCCUGUUCUGGUGAAGGAUGAAGAGCUAUCCAGCUGA